AUGUCUCCGCAACAUCAACAGGACAGAAUGAGCCGGAUGGCGGGACAAAGCGACAACAGACGGCGGUUGAAGUCCCAAAGUCUUAGAUGUCAGUCCGCACCUUCUCUUGUCUUCAGAAAAGCUCUCUCCAGAUCCAAGACACUUUCCAGAGAGAGCCUCCCAGUUCCUGUCUUCCCAGAGACCUGCUCUCUGGUCCAGUCCUUUCUGAGAGUGCCCGAUAGGUUGUUUCUUCUCCAUGGGCACACUGAGUUGAAGACUGGUAUGCAAAUUCAGGACAGACACCUCUUUCUCUUCACAGACAUCCUCGUGAUCGCAAAAGCCAAGUCAGCCAAUCAAUUCAAGCAGAAGGCCCAAGCGCGUGUAUGUGAAAUGUGGACAGCGAAUUGCAUGGAAGAGGUGUGUGAGGGAAGCACCUGCCCCGAGAGGAGCUUUGUCCUCGGCUGGCCCACCUGCAACUCGGUUGCAACAUUUAGCUCGCCGGAACAAAAAGAAAAAUGGCUUUUGUUACUCAACAGUCGCAUCAAAGAGGAAAAAGAGAAGGAAGAACCAAAAACCAUCCCUCUCAGAGUUUAUGGGAAGGGGCUUGAUACUUUUGCUGUUGCCAAGACUUUGCCUGUCAGCAACAAUGAUUCGACCAAUGAGGUGAUUCGACUUGCUCUGCAGCAAUUUAGCAUCAUUGGUAACGUGAAGGACUACCAGCUGUGGAUCCUCUCCAAGAGGGACAAUACGCCCUAUCCGCUCAUUGGUCACGAAUUCCCCUUCAGUAUCCAUAUGAGUCACGUGCGCCAAGUGUUGACUCACAGCGGCUUAGCGCCAGACAACGGAGACUGGGCGACAGAGGCGGAGCAGUUGCAGGUACACAAGCGAUGCCAGUUCAUUCUGAAAAGCCGCCCGGAGGAAACGCUUCAAGCGCAGGUGUCAACAGAUUUCCCCCAGAAGGCCUUAAAAAGGAGGCGUUCCCUCAUCACUUGGGCCUUUCUGCGAGGUUCCUCCCCUCAGUUAAUGUCAACCACGGGCGCCCCGGCUCAGGGCUGCUUGUUCGGCCGCCCCCUUAGUGCUGUGUGUGUUGAAGACAGUCUACCAAAGCCCAUCAUGGACAUGCUAGCGCUCCUAUAUCACGAGGGCCCGUGGACACGAGGCAUCUUUCGGCGCCCUGCUGGCGCUCGGGCGGUCAGAGAGCUGCGAGAUUCACUGGACGCUGGCGAAUUCCUUCUCCCUCUUACACGAGAGCACAUUUUCAUCAUCGCCGGCGUAUUCAAAGACUUCCUGCGCAACAUCCCCGGCAGCCUGUUGUGUUGCGAGUUGCAUGAAGAAUGGAUGGACGCUCUAUCUGAUGAAGAGGGGGAAGAAGAGCGAGUACAAGAGAUACAAAGGAUGAUGAGUCGCUUGCCCAAAGACAACGCCCUGUUGCUACGUUAUGUGCUAGCAGUGUUGCACGCUAUCCGAUGCAACGCCCACGAGAAUCAAAUGACCAGCUUCAACCUGGCGGUGUGCAUUGCUCCCAGCAUGCUGUGGCCUCCUGGGGCACUGUGCAGCCCCGAGGCAGAAAACAAAGGCACCAGGAAGGUUUGCGACUUGGUGAAGUUUAUGAUAGAACACUGCCAACCAAUUGUCGGAGAAGAACCGUCCUCAAUGUUUGGAGGCUCGCCACCGAGACGCCACGUCCAGGAAUGCGAUCUUCAUGACAAGUGGACCUACCCUUUGACUGACUCGUCCUACGACAGUCUCGAGAACGAAUUGGAUACCAGCAGCUGCGGUUCUCCGAGCUUUUGCGGUAGACGUCUCCGUUCCAAACCGGGCAGCCUGGAUUCGGUCCUCACGUUCAGCGACUACGAGCAGGACACGGACCAGGUUCUAAGAGUGAGCAGGCCAAUCCAGGACGCGCCCAGCGUGGACUCGUCCACCUCCGUCUUGGACUCCCUUUCCUUGCACAGUUUUCGACGACAGCGUCGGCGCUCCGAGCCGGCGUUGGUGUAUUUCGCAAAGCUUCAGCCACGCUACUCCGGGAGCACUGACGGCCUCGCCGACGAGGAUGAGGACAAACGCGAGAGUACCUCAAAGUCGGGGUAUCAGCAGAAGUACAGGUCAGCCGUGGACACCAGCUCGUCCAGUCUGUCCUCUAACCCCACCUCCCCUGCGCCGACACAGAGCCAUCUUCAGAGUUCGGGCGGUUAUGAAGAGCCGGGAACGAGUCGCAAAGAGUGUCCAGUCAAAGAGAAUUUGAAAUUGGGUACUUUGAAAAACUGCAGGAGCCUCCACCCUAACUCUUGGCUGAGGAAAGACCGCAGAUUAUCUUUAACUCACCCGGACAGCUUGGAGAAAAACCCUGCAUCCGGCAACAUUACAAAAACACCUGGCAGGGAUGAAUAUUAG